ACAGAAAAUCUUCUAUUUUGACGAAGUUUUAUUUGCUGGAGGCUCCUGGUACGAACCACCUUACUGCCGUGACUACGCCUUGUUUGCUGAAGAACAAAUUGAAGCAAACAAGGUGGCAAUUCGAGAAAGAGCAAAACUUCUUGAAUCACUCCGGAAGGAAAAGUAAUUCAAAAGGAGAUUACACGAAGGAUCAGAAUUGAUGCAGAAAAUGCUGGAUGACUUCCAAAGAGAGAGACUAGAAGCUGAGGCUAAAGCUGAUAAAUUAGUCAAUGAUCUCUACAGGGCUGUUGAACUUAAACGCUCCCUCCAAUCUCAAGAUCAAAUGAGGGAGAUUAAUGUUCAAAAAGAGGCUCUAGAACCCAGGACCAACCCUGAACCAUCCAACCAUCAGGUUCCAGUUCUAGAAGAUUCACCCAGACCAACACUACCACAGAAACCCGAGAGCAUAACAACUCUCGCUAGGGCUACUAUGGUGAUGUCACCUGAAUCCCUGCCUAGCCAAGUCCCAACCGGCAUAGUCGUACAUGAGGUGGAACCAACUGAGGGACCUGACUCAGAACCACCUAUUCAAGAACAGAAGGAGGAGGAAGUUUUGCCUAUGGCAAUAAACGACCAUAUCCUUAAUUGUGUUGAAGACACACCUCCAGAGGAACCUGUUCUGGAGGAGAUAGAGCCCACUACCUACCCCCAAGAUUCCAACGUUCAAGAGUCUAAGGAGGAAUCUAUAGACAAAGAAAUACCUAGCACAGUGGAACCAAUAACCACCGCCAACAACCCCUUUCCUCAUUCUUCUGUCCUUCGAUCGGAAACAAGAACCAGGCCAACGCUGUCUCCUCCUAUCCAACUCAGCGGCGAGGCGGAGAGAAUUAAUCCGAGAGAAACAAUAAUGCCUGUGAAGUGCGGCGACGACAAACCAGCAUACCCCUUCCGCGACGAGUUUGGACGGCAGUCAGGCACCGCUGGAGAUUGCCGGCUGUUCUCUCGUCAUUCCUUAGAGGAAUUGGCAUCGACGGCGCAAGGUCGAGCAAAACCGCCGGUCGCUGCUGCUUAUGGAGGAAGCUGCCAGAAAUCGAGAGAGGGAGAGAGAGAAUCCCUUGGUGCCGGCGCGCUGGCGCUGAUCGGAGAAGAAGGAAUGACGAUGGGGACAGUAGGCGGUGACAGUAACGGACAGACUGUAGACCCUACUGCCGGGUCGGUAGUGGCUACCGUGACAGGCCUACCGGCUGGGACUAGUUGGUUCAGACGGUACCCCCAGUUUGUAGGACCGGCACCUAGGUACCAUGAGGACGGCACCAUACCUGAUGCCAGAAUUCUCCACUAUGGGCAGAGACAAGAGCAAGGCUGCCACCUCCGGGAAAUCAAAGUCCAAAUCCGGGCGCCUGUGACGUCCUCCGAGGAACGCCUCUACUACGGCGAUGGGUCGUACCUCUGGUUCGAUUCUGAGGAGGAGCGCACCCGCUUUCUCACCUUCUUCUCUAAACGGGUUGUGGCUCCCCCACGAAUCGUCCCGGAGCGCUUCCCGGAGUUGCAGGGCUACGACGACUUAGACGCGCAGCUUCAUCAAGACGGCCUUUGGCCGUUCGUCUCCCGGGCUCGAAAGGAGAUCAACCCGGCGCUGAUCCGGGCCUUCUACUCCAACCUCCGGCGUGAGGACGAUGUUAUCUAUAGCCUCGUCAAGUCCACGCCGAUUGAUGUUAUACCCGAACCGGGGGUCUAAACGAGUUGCUAUUUUAAGGAGGAAUCAAGGGAUGAUGCAGCU